GAACCAACAAGCAUUCCUCCACUUCUCAAAUAUGAGAUUCCUUUUCGUUUUACUUUUUCUGGUGAAUCUUAAUGAAUUGGCGUGGAGCAGACCCCAGACCACCAAUCCGGACCCGACUCAAGACAGAUCCAAAGAUAGCCUGGUUCGAGCAAAUGGAGUCAAAGAGGACAAAGACGGGAAGACACCUCCCAAUCAAGAAAAGAUCGUGAACCACAUAAAGGGUCUCCUCAAUGGGUUCGCGGAUUCGGACAAACAAGGGAUGAAGAACGUUUCUCCGGAAGGCGAUAUCAACAAUGCCCUUUCACCAAUCAAGGCCUUGGACGCCAUGAAAGAGACCAUUCAAGGGACAAAUACUCUCAAAUCUCAAAGCAAUCAAACAACGUCCGAGAAAAAUGAGCCAAAGGAAGAGAAAAUCACAACCAAGAAGCAAGACAAGACCAAAACUGGCUCAUCAACAAAUUCAGAAACUACUGAAACUAGCAAAGCCAGCGUCGCAACUGCAGCAACAACGACGACCGUUACUGAAACCACUACUACCACAACUAAAACCACAACUACUAGAAGACCCACAACUACUAGAAGAACUACAACUACCAGAAGAACUACGACCACGACCACCAAUCGGCCAAUCGCCGUGACAUCUCCUCCUGGCAUGUUGGCAAGAAUUGGAAGCAUGGUCCAAGGUUCCAUUGGCAAUCUUGGUACUAAUUUGGUGGCUGGUUCCUCGUUUUUGGCAGCUGCAGCUUCUCCAAUCCUCUUCCAGAUGGUUCUGGGCAAAAAGAAGAGGAGGAAGAGAAGUGUCAUGGCUGACGACGACAAGAGAGUAGACGAAAUUAUGUCUCGCAACUCGCGAUUUCUGCAACCGGUCACCACAUACUAAGAGAUAGGAUUCGGACUCAAUUCUAUUUGAACUCUACCAAAUGCAUCUUUAUAACUUAAAUUAAACUACUAUUUACCUUAUUAUCAAAGAAACAAUAAAGAGUUGUAUGCAUAUC